GAACAUCAUCGCCAUCGAAUAGUCAAAUCGGUGGAAAAAAUAAUAAAUAUCUCAGGCGAGUCACUUCGAAGAGUUAAAUAAUAUCUUCUUGAUAAUAAGAUUAAAUACAAAAAUGUCGAUGUUAUCAGCACGUUUAGCAGCUUCUGUGGCUCGCAACUUGCCUCGAUCAGCACAACAGGUUGCUAGAGCAGUUAUUCCCGCUUCUCAAAUUGUCGCUCGUAAAAUCCAUCUGUCAACUCCAGCAAAAGGUGCUGAAAUCAGCACGAUCCUUGAAGAAAGAAUUCUUGGAGCUGCACCAAAAGCUGAUCUGGAAGAAACCGGACGAGUAUUGAGCAUCGGUGAUGGUAUUGCUCGUGUAUAUGGACUUAAGAACAUUCAAGCUGAUGAGAUGGUUGAAUUUUCUUCAGGCUUGAAGGGUAUGGCUCUUAAUUUGGAGCCUGAUAAUGUUGGUGUUGUCGUUUUUGGUAAUGACAGAUUGAUUCGUGAAGGAGACAUUGUCAAGCGUACAGGUGCUAUUGUUGAUGUUCCUGUUGGUGAUGAGAUCUUGGGUCGUGUUGUUGAUGCUUUGGGUAAUGCCAUUGAUGGACGUGGAGAAAUCAAAACUGGUCAGCGCUUCCGCGUUGGUAUUAAAGCUCCUGGUAUCAUUCCUCGUGUCUCUGUCCGCGAGCCUAUGCAAACCGGAAUCAAAGCUGUUGACUCUUUGGUCCCAAUCGGUCGAGGACAGCGUGAAUUGAUCAUUGGUGACAGACAAACCGGAAAAACUGCUUUAGCCAUUGACACUAUCAUCAAUCAAAAGCGUUUCAACGAUGGGCAAGACGAAUCCAAAAAGUUGUACUGUAUUUAUGUUGCCAUUGGUCAGAAACGUUCUACCGUCGCUCAAAUUGUUAAGCGCUUAACUGACGCUGGAGCUAUGGACUACACAAUCAUCGUAUCGGCCACUGCUUCUGAUGCUGCUCCUUUGCAGUAUUUGGCUCCAUAUUCUGGAUGCGCUAUGGGAGAAUAUUUCCGUGACAACGGAAAGCAUGCUCUCAUUAUUUAUGAUGAUUUAUCUAAACAAGCUGUCGCUUAUCGUCAAAUGUCAUUAUUAUUGCGUCGUCCUCCUGGUCGUGAGGCUUAUCCCGGUGACGUUUUUUACUUGCAUAGUCGCUUGUUGGAGCGUGCAGCUAAGAUGUCUCCAGCCCUCGGCGGUGGAUCGCUAACAGCUCUCCCUGUUAUUGAAACCCAAGCUGGUGAUGUGUCAGCUUACAUUCCAACAAAUGUCAUCUCAAUUACAGAUGGACAAAUUUUCUUAGAAACUGAAUUGUUCUACAAAGGUAUUCGCCCAGCUAUCAAUGUUGGUUUGUCUGUAUCACGUGUCGGUUCAGCUGCCCAAACCAAGGCCAUGAAACAGGUUGCUGGUUCUAUGAAAUUGGAGCUUGCACAAUAUCGUGAAGUUGCUGCUUUUGCUCAGUUUGGUUCAGAUCUUGAUGCUGCCACACAGCAACUCCUGAACCGUGGUGUUCGUCUGACAGAAUUGUUGAAGCAAGGACAAUAUGUUCCGAUGGCUAUUGAAGAGCAAGUUGCAGUUAUUUAUUGUGGCGUUCGAGGACAUUUAGAUAAAAUGGAUCCAGCUAAGAUUACAUCAUUCGAAAAAGAAUUUUUGGCUCACAUUACGACAAAUGAACAAGGAUUAUUAAAACAAAUUGCAACUGAAGGAAAAAUCAGCGAUGAAGUUGAUGCAAAACUUAAAUCUAUUGUCACUAACUUCCUUUCUACAUUUACUGGUUAAACCGUUUGCAAGUUGAUUGCGUAAUAAUAUUCUUCUAACGCAUAAUAAAUCUUUUGUCAUAGUUGAUUAAGAUACAUAAAAAUGAAUGAGAGUACUACCAUAUAAAGGAAGAUUUCCAAACAUCAUUUUCGAUACUAUUUGGAUUGCAAACAGUUGAACAUGUAAUGAAAGGUGGAAUUACUUGGAAAUAAAAUUCUCUUUGAAAAACGAAAUCUCUGGUGAAUUACUGAACAUACAUGGAUUAUA